CGUUUCAAGCCCUGGGAUAAACUAAACCCCUCCUUUCUUCCCUCUUGCCCCCCAUCCUUCUCAAUAUAUCCGAAACCCUACGGUUCCACGAACGUGCAAAAUAGCUUCUUACUCUCGCUCGCUUUUACAAGUUUUUGUUAAUUGCUUCUUUUCGAUUCCAUCACCAUGUCGUAUCGCCCUACCGGUAACUCCAGGACCGAGGUCCGUCGGAAUCGAUACAAGGUUGCCGUAGAUGCCGAGGAAGGUCGUAGACGGCGAGAGGAUACCAUGGUCGAGAUCCGAAAGAACCGCAGAGAAGAGAGCUUGCAGAAGAAGAGGCGCGAGGGCCUUCAAUCUCAGCAGAUGCCUGCUUCAAUACACUCUACUGCCGUAGAGAAGAAGCUGGAACACCUGCCAUCCAUGAUUUUUGACCCUCCUCUAUUCCCCCUUUGUUGUUGGGCCUUACAGGCUGUGUGGGCAUUAGGAAAUGUUGCUGGGGAUUCUCCCAGGUGCCGUGAUCUUGUUCUUAGUCACGGGGCCUUGCUUCCUCUGUUGACACAGUUGAAUGAACAAGCUAAGCUUUCUAUGCUUAGAAAUGCUACCUGGACGCUUUCAAAUUUCUGCAGGGGCAAGCCACAACCUCCCUUUGAACAGGUAAAACCUGCACUCCCUGCUCUUGCGCGUCUUAUCCACUCAAAUGAUGAAGAAGUCUUGACUGAUGCCUGCUGGGCACUUUCAUAUCUAUCUGAUGGCACAAAUGACAAAAUUCAAGCUGUAAUUGAAGCUGGUGUAUGUCAUCGGCUUGUUGAGCUUUUGUUGCAUCCAUCUCCUUCUGUGCUUAUACCUGCUCUUCGUACAGUUGGAAAUAUUGUCACUGGAGAUGAUAUGCAGACUCAGGUUAUAAUCAACCAUCAAGCACUUCCUUGUCUUUUGAACUUAUUGACGAACAACUAUAAAAAAAGCAUAAAGAAGGAAGCCUGUUGGACCAUAUCAAAUAUCACAGCUGGGAAUAAACAACAGAUUCAGGCUGUAAUGGAGGCUAAUAUAAUUGGUCCUCUUGUUCACCUUCUUCAAAAUGCUGAGUUUGAUAUCAAGAAAGAGGCAGCUUGGGCUAUCUCUAAUGCUACAUCUGGUGGAUCUCAUGAUCAAAUCAAGUACCUCGUAGGUCAGGGGUGUAUUAAGCCCUUGUGUGAUCUUCUCAUAUGCCCAGAUCCCAGAAUUGUGACUGUUUGUCUUGAGGGGCUUGAAAACAUCUUGAAGGUGGGAGAAGCUGAUAAAAAUAUGGGUAAUACAGGGGGUGUGAAUCUAUAUGCCCAAUUGAUUGAUGAUGCUGAGGGUCUGGAGAAAAUUGAGAAUCUACAGACUCAUGAUAACGCUGAGAUUUAUGAGAAGGCAGUGAAAAUUCUGGAGACAUAUUGGUUGGAGGAAGAAGAUGAGACUAUGCCUCCAGGGGACACUUCCCAGUCAGGGUUCAACUUUGGUGGCCCUGAAGUUCCUGCUGUGCCGUCCGGGGGAUUCAACUUUAAUUGAAGAUUCUUGGCUGAUGUAUCGGUGAAUAUUCCCCCUGUAAGACGGGACAACAGUUUGGAAUCAAGUCCAUGUCGUCAUUGCGCUCUGGAUCCUUAUGGGGGAUCCAGCCUUGGUAAAUAGAAGGUUGCUGGGCCGGCUCGGGUUUUUGCAACAGCUGGUUUUUUACAUGUCAUGGGGAGUUAGAUGGGUGGCUUGGUUUCUUGCCGCUCCAGAAUUAUAUACUCGAGUUCUUUUGCCAGGUCAUUAUUCCCAGUGUUCUGGCGUUAUAAACUUAGUGGAGUCAUGAUUUUUCCUCCUAUUGCUAUACAUUGAGUCGCUAAAUUCCCUUUGCUAGUUUGGGUGUUUUUGUCAAAUUCCAAAAGCCGUUGUCUGGCCAGGGCAGUGAUGGAUUUUUUGCUUUCCUACGCGUCUCUCGUAAGCCUUUUUGUGGAUGAAAUUUAUUUUCUAGCUUUUGUUUUUCAUUCCGUCCUUUUAGAGUCGUAUUAUUUUGCUAUGUGAAAUUUAUUUAGAAAACGAUGUAUUCUCAAACGUUACAUAUAUAGUUGCUUUGAAGGCAGGCCGACUCUUCUAUCUGACUGGUGUCCUGCUGAUUCAGCAUUUACCGUUAA